GCCACGUAUUGACCCUGUUCAAUUAUUGAAUUGCCUGGGUGUACUCCUGUCACCAAACGGUGGGAUCAAAUCCAGGGACGAGGUUCAGAGGCUCGCUAGCCUUAUGACAAAAUUUUCGAAGAAAUUGGUAUCUAAGUGUAUUUAUAUACAAAUAUUAAAGUGUACAGAAACGGAUUUACUCGGUUUAUUUAUGGGAUCCGGAGGCUGGGUUCUGGUACACAUGUGGCUUACAGAAAGUAUAGUCGCUAAAAAUUGGCCUCUUGUAAAAGAGUUGCUGGAGUUGUUAUUGUUAUGCCCUGUUGAUAUCGAUCGCUUGAAGACCAAUAACUGCCCGAAACUUGUAAAGGAGCUGUCUAAGGACGAUAAUCAUUUUGCUAUCAGAGCCUUGGCAUCAAAAUUGGUAGAACAAUGGCUAAAAACCGUAAAAGGCGAACAAGUUGUUCCAGUUAAACUUUCGGAAAUUCCUAAUAUAAUAUCGGAAGCGCAAAAUGACAUCGAUGGCUUAACUAAUUCAGAAGCGAGUUUAGAAUACAAAAAUAAUGACGCAACUAAUGACAUUAAAGCCAUAAAAGAAGAAAUCCAAUCAGAAAAUAAUUAUAAUGAUGUUGAUACUAAUAAAAAUCUAAACCAUGUGAUUAAAAGUGAAGUAGACGAAGAGCCUGAGGCAUUACCAGUAUUAAAGAUUAGUUUAAAAGAUGGAAAGCAAGUCAUAUCGCAAGUUGAUGACGACACUGAAAGUAAAACUUCAGACGUAACGUCAGAUUCUGAAAAGUCCAAAGACAAAAAAAGAAAAGGAUAGAUCUGAUGAUAAAAGUAGUAGUACAGGUUCUAAAUCGAGCAGCUCUUCUAAAAAUUCGAGUAGAUCACAUUCAAGUGAUAAACAUAAAAGCCAUAAAUCUAGUUCUAGCCGACAUAGUAGUAGUAGUAGUAAUAAAGAUAGAUCAAGGGAUAAAGAUAGACAUUCCUCUCAUAAUAGUUCUAGAUCAAAAAGUGAAAGCAGCAAAAAAUCGAGCGAUAAGUCGUCUUCCAGUAGCAAAUCUAAAGAUGAACGUAGUUCUCGAUCGUCUACUGACAAAAGUAAAGAUAAAGGAAAAGAUGAUAAAAGUGAGAAAAAUAAAGACAACUCUCAUAGCAAGUCAUCUGAUAAACAAGAUGAUAAAACGCCGUCAGUUCACAAACUAGGUAAAAUACCUAAAUUAAGUGAUGCCAAAAAAGAAAAGCCUUCCAUAUCCAUAGAAGUGAGAAAACCAGAUGAACCUAAGCCGAAAACUGUGAAAACAUUCAACUCUAAGUUUAGAAAACAUGGAUUAGAAGAGGAAGUCAAGCCGCCACCAUCUCGCGCAGCAGUAUUAACAAAGAAAUCUACGCCAGUUUUGCCGCCUACCGUAUCAAUACCAAAGCGACCAUCUCCAGUUCACAAUGAGUCACCUCCAGAAAAAAAACCAAAAACCCUAGAGCCUAUUGAAAAACCAGGGUCUAUCAAACUAAUUCCUCCUAAGCCUAAACGUAAGUAUCUUACUGUAUUCAUUAUAUUUCAAAUAUUUUUAAUGAUUUGUUUUCUUCCAGAUUUACAUUGGUGGUGGCAAGCCCAAGCCCUUCCAAUAGUGUCACCAAGUGUUUUCAAAUAUUUAGGUUGCAUAAUCUUCAGUGGUAAGUCUAAAAUGUAUAACUUAACGGGUUCUAAAGUGUUUUUACCACCUGUAAAGUAUUUUUUUCAAAUAAAUAUUGAAAUCAAUAUCGACUCUUUCCGUUUACUGCUUAGUUCAAGUUUAAUAACCUAA